UGGUCUCAAUCACACAAACUUUCCCAAUGUCCUCCCAAAUCUUUAAACUUAUCUUAAUGUCUCUACAUAUAUUUCAGUAUCCCUCAUGUCCUUGAACAGAACUGAGACCUCCCCCAAUGACCUCUGGAUCCCCUACCACUUCCUCAUAGUCCCCAAUGUCCCCCUCCAGAAGAAUACAAGCUGGCCUUCGAUGUAGGAGAAAAGGUAAAAAAGAGGAUCUGAGGGGGUAGAGGAGAAACUUGCCCUGUGUCUGGAUAUUGGAAAGUAGAAAGACAUCAACAAGAAGGAGAGAGAAUACAGACUAUUGGUAUACUUGAAAUUUAAAACAAAUAUAAAUUUGAGGCUCUUGCAGAGGAAUUGGAAGAGCUUGAUUUGUAAAGGAAGAAGCUGCUCAUCCACUUGUGGUGCCGUGAGGUGAGAGAGAGCAUCCACUAAGGGUCAGAGGCAGAAAAGAGUGAUGAUUGGUGAUUCUUUACUCAGAGUCCUGAGACAGCUAGUUGUACUUUAAUAAUAGUUAGAGAGAGGUCUGUUAUUUUCUUGGCAGCACAUGGAUUCAGUACAUAAUUGUGAACCUCCCAUGGCUUGUCAAGAUAUGUGACUAAUAUCUGGUGAUUCAUAUGGGCAUAAAUAAUAUCGCUAGAAGGAAUCUAUAAAGUAAUACCAAAAAUUAUAAAAGUCUUGGGCAAGAAACUAGAAAUCAAAAGGACCCAGGUGGUUAUUUUUAUCACAACUACUCUCUGAAGGCAAGGGAUACAGAAGAGAACAGCUGAAUAAGAAAAUAAUACUUGAGUGGGAUUUUGAUUUCUCAGCCAUGACUUACAGUAGAGGAACGACAGACCUCAGGAUGGGGAUGGAGCACACCUAGCAAAGUGGGAUGGCAUUAGGACUAGUUCAGACCACACAUGAUCUGGAUGUGGGCUCCACCUUGGAUCAGCUGCUGGGGGCAGCAGAUGCUCUGCAGGCCCAGAUGUCAGAAAAUAAACUGAAGCUGAGGGGAGCCCAGGAGCAAGCGGCACAGGCAUCAGACACAGCUGCACAUUUGGGCAAGGAGCUGCAGACAGCCAAAUUACAGUUCUCAGAAUUGCAAUCUGGGAUUGAUGGCCUUGGGGAUGAAGUGAAUGGGGCCAAAAGUCGCUUGCAGCGGAUUCAUGCAGAAGCCCGGGAGCUGCUGAAGAAAGCAAGCAGGAGCCGGAACCGCCUAGAGGGGCUGGAGAAACGCUUUGCCCGGAAUGAGCAGGCGCUGGGAGAGAAGGCAGCGGAGCUCCGGGCCCUGGAGAGCAGAGCCCUGGGGCUGCUGGAGCAGCUGAGGCAGGAAGCCAGCGCCCACGCCACCUGCUGAUCCAGCGCCCCCACCCCCAGAGAGAGGAGCCCCGGCGUCCUGGGACACGGAGCCCCAUAAGAAGCACAACUGCAUUGCCAACAGCUCCCCUGCAUUUUUACCCCCGGCCCCCAUCCCCUGCACGCGGCCCCCGGGCCACCGAGCAUCCGCAGCUUCCUCCAUCCCCCGCUCUCGGCCCCGAUGCCACUGCGCUCCGGCCCCGCUCUCCGCUUAAACUUGCAAGAAAGCCACCCAACUAAUGUUCCCGAACUUGAAUCCCUCCCCAUUCCUCCGCUGAGCUCACCAAGUCCCGCCCCCGGAGCCCCCCGGGAGACAGGGCGGGGCGCGCCCUAAUGCGCGCUCCCGUCCUCGCGCGGGCUCGCGCAUUCCGGGACCCUCGCUGCCGGCGCUGAGGCCGCGCGCGCUCGGGCCGCCGCAAAGUCUGGAGCGGAUCAGGCGGACCCCGGGCCGGGCUCAGCAGAGCGUCGGCUUCUAGAUCCCUGGGCCCGAGGCCGCAGUCAAGGCUCUGGCCGGCCCGAGUCUUUGAGUGCGUCUUUGUCUAGGACGUCUCCAUCCAUUUUUGUUUGCUGCACCCAUUCCCUUAUAUGGGAAACGGAGGCAGCUUCGUGCCAGGGCGAAGUGGAAAUGAUACUCUUCCCCAGCUCUGGACUCCCAUCCCUGGCAGCCUCGGCCUGAGACGGAAACGUGGAUGGUGGGAGCCACCUUGCUGCCCCCGCCUCCCCGACAUCCCAGCCUCCCACUCCGUCCUCCGGGGGCCACCGUCACUGAAGACAAGCAUCUUUUCCUUUGUGUCCUCCCAGCUUUCCCUGUCCCUUGCCGAGCCAGGCCCAGAUGUGGAACUUUGCAAUUCAGUUCACCCAGCAUAAUGCCGUGUCUUGUCAUGGGCAGAAGAGGUUAAAACCCCAAGAGAUUUACCCCAGAGCAUUUUUGACAUCUGCUCUGAAACAAAGUGACUCGUGAAUAAAAACCAAUUCUAGAUUCAAAAAAACAUUAAAUCCAAGAAUAUGAACCAGAAGAGAUCUAGUCCAACUCCCCACAUAUUGUAGAAGAUACAACUGAAAUUCAGAAAGCUGAAGGGUUUACUAAAGCCACAGCUGGUCAAUGACAAAGCUGAGACUAGGCUUCAGGCUGCAGUCUGAAGUUCCUGUCUCCUUAUUCAUUCUCUUCCUGUCCUUCAAAGCUUAUUUUAUUUUACCUACCCCCAGGAAGCCUCUCAGAUUUCUCUUUCUCAUCCUACCCUUUGUUUAUUUAACUAGGUUGCUAACAUCUAAACUCUCUUCCCAAUCCUUUCUCAUCCUUCCAGGGUUAUUUUAGGUCACACUCCCAGGAAGCCUCUGAACUUCCUCUGUUUCACCUCCUGUCAGAUUGCCCAGUCAGAUCUGCCAAUGAGCUCCAAAUCUGCUCCCAACCAUCCACCCCCCAAUCCUUGCAGGGUCUGGGGGGGGGGGGGAAGUAGGUGUCAAUGAUCCAGGCCUGUAGAAAUAAACAUAAAUAAAGCUGGUGCUUCUGA